GAAUAAAAUAAAAAAGAAACCAAAAUUUCUCUUAAGAGUAACAUUCAAUUCUGUAAUAGAAAAGCCAAGAAAUAAAUCUGAAGCACGAUGAAACUCCACAAUUUGUUAACUGGUGUUAAUGGUUCAGCAAGCGGUUUAGAAUAUGGUGGUUGUGGUAAAAGAUAUCAAAAAAUGAUUCGGCAAAAUCGUGAAUGUGUUACAAUAAAUCCAAUGGUGUCGUUAUUAGGUGAAAAAUGCAUCUCCCAUGUAAUAUUUGGUACUCAAAAAAUUACUUGUUAGAUGGCUCCACUGAGUGCUGUUUAAAAUAUUCCUAACUUAUUAGUUUCAACAACUGAGAAUGGAUCAUAAGAUCACAAAUAAGAUCACAAAUCCUUACUUGCAUUUUAUAAAUUAUUUGAUCGACACUUGAUUGAAAAAGAAAUACUUCGCCCUGUUGUUGUACUAAGCGAUGGUCACAGUUCUCGCUUCCAUAUACCUUACUUCAAUUUCUUAGAGAGAAAGAAACACAUUUAUUUAUUUCACCUCCAGACACUACUGGGGUAACACAACUACUUGAUCAAAUUAAUAAGGCACCUCACGAACACUAUGCAAAUGCAAAAGAAAAUCUGUUCAACUAACAUCAAACAAUUAAUAGAGAAGCCUUUAUGUUGUCUCGCAAGUAUGUGGGACAAGUGGGCCACACAAGAAUCAAUAAAAAUAGCUGGAAAAAAAGUUGGUAUUACUAAUGAAAGUUUAAAUAUUGCAUUUAUGCAAAAUUAUAAAUUUCAACAAGCUUCUAUACAAGCAGAGGAAGUUAAAAAAAACAGUUCUAUGAUAGAAACACCUCAGCAACAGACAACAUUAUGUUUACUAGCCGCUUCACCUAACGUUACUGAUAUUUCUACAAUUCUAAAUAGCAAAUUAAGUUCUCCUAUAUCAAUAAAACGAAAAGAUAGCCAAAUAUAUUGGAGAGAAAAAGCUUCAAACUGGAAAGACAAAUGUUUGUCAUUGCAGGCCAUGAUCACAGACUUAGAUGAAAAAAGCAUAAAUCUUAAUGACAUACCAGGUCUUUUGACAAUCCAAAAAGCAAAAUCAACUCAAAGUAUUAUUAUGCAUAAAGAAACUACAAGAGUAACUCAAGUCCAUGGCUCCAUGCAAAGUCAAGAUGUGCUAAAACUUGUAGAAUCUAUUAACAAUUCAAAGGAAAAAAAAGUGCAAGACAAAGAAGAUAGAGAAAGAAAAUAAAAUGAAGAAACUGAGUUUUUCUAUAGAUGCAAGGAAAGAUGCAUUUCAGACAAUGGCAUUUGUGAAGUUGCUAAGCUAAAAUAAUGUCCCAUGUGUCGAAUGUGUUUUCAUAUAACAACUCAAUAGAAAGAUUUAAAAUUGGGUGGAAAAAUCUAUUUAUAUAGCUUGUAUUUUAAAAAAACAAUUAUUUUUUUUAUAUUGUAAACGUGUUUUAUACGCAUAAGU